AUGUGUUAUAGUGAUAAUAGUACUAAUUAUUAUCAACAAUUUAUCCAAAUUAGUAUUGGAUGUAUCGGUAUAUUAUCAUUCAUUGCACAUUUUAUUGCAUUCAUUCUUUGGACUACUUAUAUUCUAGGUUGGAGAACAAUAAUAAAAUGGAAAUUUAUACAACGAAAAAGACAACUAAAUUAUAAUUUUAUGACUACUAAUCCAUCUUGUACUAUAUUACAAACAAUGACAAAAGUUACAACGACGACGACGAUAACAACGACAACAGCAAAUACACUAAUCCAUCGAAAUGAUAUCAAUACAUCAGAACAAAUACAAUCUAUGAUAACAGUAAAAGAAAAUUUAAUAUGGCCUAAUUGUUCAUUAAGAAUAUCAAUUCAAAUUAUUAUAUUAUCCAUGGAAUUCAUUAAUAUUAUAGGAUGUUGUACAGAUUUAACACGUUUAAUCUAUUUAUCAAUGACUGGUAAUGAUUUACGUUUAUUAACCAAUGAUUGGUUAUGUAGAAUACAAAUCUUUUUAUCAUUUAUCUCAUGUGAUAUAUCUGGUUGGCAUUUUGUAUGUUUAUGCAUUGAACGUUGUUAUAUUAUAUUAUUUCCAAGAAAUUAUUAUAGUAUCAAUCGUACAUCCAUUAAACCAGCUUUAAUUAUGAUUUUAUUUAUUUAUUUUAUAGGUAUAUUAUCAAAUCUAUUUUUAUUAAUACCCAAUUAUUCUGUAUGUAAUGAACCAUUUAAAAGUACAUUAGUGAAUACGAUUAAAUUUUCAAUGACAUUUAUUAUACCAGGAUUCACUGUGAUUAUAUCAACUGUAUUAAUGAUUGUUGUAUUAAUUCAUUGGAAAUUAAAAAAUAUUAAAUCAGACUUCAUAAAUAAUAAUAAUAAUAAUAAUAAUAAUACUAAUGGUUCUAAUCAUCAUCAUCAUAAUAAUAAUAAUACUAAUAAUAGUAGUAAUAAUACAUCAGCUAGAAUAACCGUAGCUAAAAUGAUGUUAAUCUGUGCAAUUUUAUAUUUAUUCAUUUUAUUUUGUUUAUUUGUAUUCGGUUCAAUUUAUGAUGAUUAUUGUUGUUUUUUAGUAGCUAAAACAAAUAAUCAUUGGAUUGAUAAUUUAUUUAAUUUAUUAUCUAUUCUCUAUUGGUUUGUAUUGACAAUUACUAGUUAUGUAUUAAUGUUAGGUACUAUCACUGUACGUCAUGAUAUAAAAACGAUAUUAAUAAUUAUAUGGUAUAAAAUAUGGAAAAGAAAUUCAUUCAUCACAUAG